AUGCGCGUUCGGUCAUGGCUAGCUUCUAUGCUCUGUUCUCAUGAGGAGGCAUGCGCUCCUGCACAGGAUAAUUCCGACAACAGUCGUGCCUCGUCACCAAGGCUACCUGUUGUAAAGAAGGAUUGGAUAUCUUGUGUCGCAAAGCUAGAAGCUGAAUUAGCCAGAGCGAUAGCUGAUUUGGAAAUCGCCAGGCGUGAGCGAGGAACUGAAAUAUUAUUUGCCAAAAAUAUGCGUGAGACGGAGGCCGCUGAAAAGGCCAGAAUUGUGGAACGUAGGAGGAAUAUGAAUUUGAAUAAGGAGGUUCUCGAGUUGAACGAGGAUCUGCAUAACUAGGCGUCUAUUCUUGUACAACGAAGAGCUUGUACGUCAACCUCAAACACUACUGGAGGAGGCGCUCUAUGGGGAAGAGAUCGUACUAUCUUCUUUGAUUAGAAGGGAGGUGCAAGAGACCUGGUUGAAAAUUCAAUCAAACAACAUGGUUCAUGUUGCCAUCAUGAUUUUAAAUAGUGAUGGUGAACAUGUUACGCUCUCCUGUGUUCUACAUAAUACUCAUAGUGAGCAGUUCAAUGUGCGUAAUGGAACAAAUUGAAAGGCGGAC